AGCAUAUUUUUACAAGUUUUAGCCAUUUUUGAAUCCUCCCUAUUAUGCACGAUAAUGUACUUUUCACGAACCAAAUCACCUUAAUUACGUAUACAAUAGUUCACGAGAUCCAUCUAAUACUGAAGGAAUGACCUUUAAAAAUAUUUGUACAACUUUCUUAACUGAUAGUUUAUUCGCACGACUAAUAAGUAGGCUCAUACGAAAAAAUUAGUUUGCAACUAAUAUCACUAAAAGAAGUCUACGUAGACAAUGCAUAAUCUAUAUAGGUUCGACCGUAAGGUCCGUUAAAAAGCGCUUAACCGAGCACGGAGCCGAUAUAAAGGCAGGCGAACCACUGCCCUUUCCAUAAAUGCGGGAGAGGAUAGUAUUAAAUCAGAUUUACAAUAGGCUACGUUAAUUAGAACAACGACAAACACGGACCGACUUAAAGUAAUGAAAGCGCUAGAAAUUUUGAAGGAAAAUGUAUUAAUUUUAAAGAAGAGAUGCGUAUUUCACAAGCGUGGCAGGCCGUGUUUGAUACGCCAUUAUGAAAAACCGUUUUACAAUUUUUUCACUUGGAUGCAUCCUAUUGGUCGAUUCUAAAGGAUUUUAAAUUCAAAUAAGCUCUUCUGCGCCUGAUACAUUCGAAUAUUGGAGUGUUCGACGUUCCAUCUAUUUGAAAUUUGUGACCUGAAUAGGUGGAAUUUUAUUAAAAUUUCCAAGAUUUUGUAACUUUAAGCUCCAAUCCAGAAAAGGAAACGUAUGCUCGUAUGCAUUAUCGUUUUCUUUAUUUAGAUUAUUGCUGGAAUUCUACAUAUGGUAGUUUUUGGUUAUCAAAAGUGUCCUCUUGCGCAUCAAACAAAACUAUUAUUUUUAUUACAUGGCCCUGUAUGUUCAGGUAACUGCAAAAUACUUACGCUGUUGGAAUUGAAAAAAACAAUCUGUUUAACAUUUAUAGCUGUAAAUCAUUUUAAAUUAUACAUUCUAUGUUGUUAUAGAUAGAAUUCAACGGUUCGAAUUCGUAGAGAAUAUUCCUGAAAAUUAGGAAAAAAUUAACAGAUCUCGCUUAUAUUUUACGUCUAACGCAACAAAAUAUUCUUGAAUGGAAUGGAGAUGAUAUUAUUUCUAUACUUGACAAGCUUACUGGUAUUCCGUAAAGGUGGUUGCAGGAAAAGCUUGCAAUUUUAUUGUUCUUUUGUGGAAAUGAUAUAACAUUCACCAGAGUAUCAAUUCAUAGAUUCCCUGUAAAAAUUCGAAUUUUUAAAAAUUUUUCGACAACAGAUGCCAGCACUUGACGGUAACGUCUUCUAUAUCGUGUGUUUCACAUAUUUGCGUCCAGGUGUCGUCUUGUUGACCUAUAAAACCGUUAGUGGGAAUUUUUGAAAUUCACUUUAGCUUGUUUGCUGAAAGUUUCCUUUGUGUGUUUUACAGAUUUAUCGAUUUUACGAACGAUUUUAUUAUUAUAAAAUGGCAUCAUCAUCUAAAAUAUCGAAGAUGAUAGAGGAGUCAGAUCUGCAAGACUAUAUGGACAAUUUUUCUGAUACAAUUUCAGAGUCUGACUCUGACCCUGAUUUCAAUAUGCUCGAAGGGUCAGAUGAUGAUUCAGAAGAUGAUUUGGCCCCUCCAAGCUCCUCUUCUAAUCAAUUUACUACGCAAUCAAUAAAUGAUGACGAUGAUGAUGAAGACUAUCAGGAGGUUCUAUCUCCCGAGCAACCUACUUCUCUUCCUUAUUCUUUUCUUGAGCUACCUGGCCCUAAGCACGUGCCACCGCCAGAUUCGCCACCGAUUGCGUAUUUCAACCUUUUUUUCACCGUUACUUUGCUCAAUCUAAUCGUAACGGAAUCAAAUCGUUACGCUCAACAAGUGAUAAAUGGCAUGGGGAAUAAUGUACCGCCCUCUCUGAAGAACUGGUCCAAAAUUUCGGUUGUUGAAAUAAGGGGGUUUCUCGCAUGUAUAUUGAACAUGGGUCUAAUCAAAAAGCCAUAUAUAGCAUCCUACUGGUCCACUUCUUCCUCCCAAACCACGGAGUGGUUUGGGAAAAUGUUUCCAAGAACCCGCUUUUAUCACUUGUUGCGAUUUUUCCAUCUCGUCGAUAACACUAAGUUAUCCAACCCAGGGGAACAAGGAUACGAUCCUUGUGCAAAAUAUCAACCUCUGGUAGAUCAUGCUAACAGAGUGUUCCGGCAUCACUACACACCACACCAGCAAAUUUGUGUGGAUGAGAGCCUUGUUGGUACGAAAAAUAAAACCUCGCUCAUGCAGUACCUUCCAAAAAAACAUCAUCAUCAGUGGGGCAUAAAAUUUUGGAUGCUGUGUGACUCAGUCUCUAAGUACUGCUUGAGUUUUUUCACUUAUAAAGGGGCCAGGACUAAGCAGGAAAAGGACAACAAUUCUAAAUUUGGUCUAGGGUACAGCGUCGUAAUAAAGCUGCUUGAGACGGGGUCGUACCUCAAAAAAGGCUAUCAUCUCUUUGUAGACAAUUUCUUUAUGUCGGUUCCUCUUGUAAGAUAUUUAUAUACAAUGGGUACCUAUAUUACUGGCACUGUUCGAAAGAACCAAAAAUAUUUACCUGCCCCACUAAAAUUCUCAAAGUUUACCGUUGGCCAAAGGUCCUAUUUUAGAUCUGGCCCAUUGUUAGCCUGUGGCUUUCGAGAGAAAGCUUCACAAAAAACUCAGGUCUUGCUACUAUCCAGCCAUGCGAGGGCGCGUGAAGAAGAAAUUAUCAGGCGAAAUGAGACUAAGUCGAAGCCACAAAUAGUGUUGCAAUAUAAUAAAUUUAUGGGUGGGGUCGAUACGUCAGACAUGAUGUUAUAUGCGUAUUUGGAUGAGAGAAAGACCCUGAAGUACUGGAAAAAAGUUGGGUUCAACAUCAUAGGUAGGAUGGUGUUGAACUCGUAUAUACUGUACAAAGAAAAUUAUCAAGGCCCAGGUAAACUGAAAUCGAGGUACGCCUUCUACGUUUCGAUCAUAGAGAGCUUGGAGGGGGAAUGGCUGGCCACAAAAAAACGUCCUGAAGAUCCUCAAGGGCCCAGGGAACUCAGGAAGUUACCGGAAAAAAGAGUAUCUAGGUGCUGCGUUUGCACGAGCAUGGGGAUGCGGAGGCGAUCACGAACAAUAUGCACUCGUUGCAGCAAAGGGUUGCAUCCAGAAUGCUACCCAAAACAUUUUUGUUGACAGGAUAGAUUUUAUCCUAGCGGGCGGCAUCAAAGAUGCAUUUUUUUCUAUUAUUUUAUUUUUUUGUAAUUAUUAGUAAGAUUUUAUCCUAGCAGCAUUAAAGAUGUGUUUUUUCUCAACUUUUUAAAAAUUUUAUGAAAAAAUAAACGAUUAUCACUUGUACGUUUCAUCAUC